GGGGCGUACGGUUGAGGUCAAUCCGUCUUGGGCAACAUGCGUCCAUGCAUCUUGCUCAUCUUGUGGAUGAUAAUGGCGGUGGAAAUGGAGGAGCAGAAGAUCCUCCAAUCCCUGCAUUGUCCUCCCUGUGAGCGCAUCCACUGUUCCCCUCGUCGGGCGCUGAAGCUCCAGUGUCAGGGCGGCAUCACCACUGGGAUUUGUGGGUGCUGUCCGAUCUGUGCUAAACUGGCAGGUGAAAACUGUGGAGGGACAUGGGAUUAUCUGGGGAAGUGUGAUGAAGGGCUGGUUUGCAUUCAUGAAGAAGCAGCAGAUGGAAAAGCAGAGGCCGAACUCAAGGGAACCUGCAAAUCAGUGCUUGAGGUUCUCAAAGGUGACACAUGCAGACCUGAGUGCACAUGGGAGUUCUGCAAGGCCAACCCCAAUGAAAUCUGUUCAGCAAGGUCUGUGCUGCUGAUGGAGAAGCGUGAAUGUGGAGGUCAAUGCCAGCACACCACCUGCUCCAGCUGUUUGCUUCUCAGACCUCCGUCCUGUUCUCAGUCCUGUUCCCCGACAGACCACGUGUGUCUGCACCGCUUCGGCCGGUGUGUGCGCGGACACCUGACUGAAGACAAACAUCCACCCAUCUGCCACCACAACCUACAGAAUAACUCUGAGGGAUUCUUCAUGUGUUUGGCUCCUGCCUGCCCAUCUACAGCAAAAUGAUUCUUCAUUAUACAUUUAAAGAGGGACCCAAAUAAUCUAAUCCAGUGAUGAAAUGUAGCACAAAAGGCAGCUAUUUUUAACACAGUUUUUUUUUGCUUUAUAAAGUAAAUCAUUAAUAAUAAUAAAAACAAAUGUGUGUGAUAUAUAAAUGCAAUGAAACUACAAAAAUUAAUGUUGUAUGUCUUUUUGUAUAUUGUCAAAUAUAAUCUAAAACUCUUUUUUGUCAUUAAAACAUGCUAAAACCACCUGCAUUUCCCUGAAUAUUAAUAUAUUUAUAAUUAUGAGGUUUAAAAAUCUAUUUUUUUAUUCUGUUUGAUGAUUUUUUUUUUAAAUAAAAGGAAUGUUAGAAUGAUUCCUCUGAAAAAAAGUACCCACCGCAGAAAUGUUCCCACCUCUGUUACUGAAUAACUAUACAUUUAUGAGCCUGCAAUUAAACAUCCGGAAGGCAGAACAAAGCGCAGAUCAACAACAGAUCAAGCAGUUCUUUUGAAGUCUGUCUCAUAUAAAGCAGCUUGAAAAAUAGGAAAUGGUUGAUUCUA